UUGAGGCAGCAGUGGUCUAUGGCGAGGAGAGUGAUCCGGAGGAGUGGAACUGCCCAAUUUUCGGCCAUUAUUCCCGUCUCCUGGACACUUUACAAGCACAGCGUUGCCCUGUUGUCCUGGGAACUCGAGGAGCGGCAGGGUUGCCGCAUCUGCUCCUGGACCAAGUGGAGACACACUUGAUGCGAAGCGGGAACCCUGGAGUGGCUCCGGACCAUGCAUAAGCUCACCGUGUUGACACCAUGCUAUGCUGGUCGAGCCACACUGUGUGACAGUUGGUGUGGCCACCCACGUAUAGUUUUGAGCAGGUUGAAAGACCCAUGGCUCCCCAUGUGCCGUGCCGACACCCAACUUACGAAGUGAUCUCUGGUAAAGGGGACCUUACUUUGAUUAUACUUUGAGGAAGUUGGACUUUCAAUCUCUGCAGUUAAUGAAUGGCAUUGGUGAGGUAGUUGGCUUGGCAAACGGCAUGAUGCCUGAAGCUCAAAAUGUGCCGGAGCUUCCGGAAGUUAAUGAUGGUACAGCAAGUAAUCCUGCAGAGGUGAUAGAUGAGGCUCCUGUUAUCGAUAUCAUAAUAAAUAAUGUUGUGUCUUCUUUUUCCGUUGGAUGCCACCUUGAAUUACGACAAAUAGCUCGCUGUGCACAUAAUGUAGAAUAUCGAAGAGAGAGUGGGAUGGUUACCCUGAAAAUCAGAAAUCCUCCUACAACUGCAUCGAUAUGGUCAUCGGGAAAAAUAACGUGUACUGGAUCGACAUCAGAAGAUGAAGCAAGAAGAGCAGCUAGAAGGAUAGCAAGAGUAAUACAAAAGUUAGAGUACCCAGCUAAGUUCAGAAAUUUUCGAAUUGUUAAUGUUCUUGGUACGUGUACGAUGCCAUUCAACAUAAAAAUUACGCCGUUUAGUCAAACAUAUCGUGAAGCUGCAAGUUACGAGCCAGAAUUGCAUCCUGGAGUUACCUAUAAAAUUGACCAUCCAAAAGCUACACUAAAGAUAUUUUCAACUGGAAGUAUUACAGUUACAGCUCCUAGUGUAAGUAAUGUGCAGUAUGCCAUAGAGCAUAUAUACCCUAAAGUACAAUCGUUUGCAAAAGCAAGAACCCCAGAGGAAAUAGAAAGAAUGCGACAAAUGAAGGAGGAGAGAUCUCCCACGCCUUCAUCUUCAGAUGAUGAAUCCUUAUCAGAAUUUCCUGAUUAUGAUGAGAUUUAAGAUGUGGUCGCAUUAGGAAAGGGAUUUUAGUGAACUUGUACCGUACUAGUGCAGCAGUCAGACUUUUAAUAAUGAAAAAGUGUAUCAUGGUGCUAAGUGGCUGAGUAGGCCUCAUUGACUGAUACAACAUCAUCGCUAGUGGCACAUCUGAGCCAAUAUGUUUGACAGAGAAACAUGACUGUCUCAAGUGAUGCCUAGUCCAGUGAUCUUGCAAUACCCACCGACAGUGUGUACUGUUAUUUAUAGGCAUUUUUUUCGUGCCUCUUUGAUACAUAGCUCAGAUGUGUGAAAGAGAUUGUCUUUCACUCUUAAGCUAUCCUGCAGAACAAUAGUAGUAAUGAUUAGUGGCGUGGUUUGAUGUAAAAUUUGACCACAGAAUGAAAUAGACUAAAAGAACUGCCUAUGAUACCUGAAGAGCUUCUGUGAAGAUCUGUUUAUCCUAUUUUUAUUUUAUUUGUAACAGUUUGUGUCUUAAAUUGUAAGUUGUUCAUGGGCAUAUUUCAAUGUUCUGAGCUUGUGUAAUAAUAUUAACAUUUACUGUGUAUUUAAUAUACCAUUCCCAAAGACAUGCCAAACUAAUGCUUUCUCAGCCUGUAUUCCUUAAACAGCACAUGUGCACGUUAUUGGCAGCAAUAUUCAACUAAAAUAGUAAUAUAUAACCGAGACGGUCUUGGUUCAUAUAUAUACUGAUGUGAAUGAAUUUCCUAUUGUUGCUACUCACUUCUUUUAGAUUUGUGUGUUAUUUGACCAAUUUUCAUUAAGCACAAAAUACAGGUAUGAAGAAGCAUGAACCUGUUAGUCAUGUAUUUUGAGCUAAAUUUAAUUGGAGUUAUUUCAUACUGCUUCGUGCAGCAAUUUGUUGACUCUGGGACAGAGGUGAACAACAAACUUGACCAGUGAAGUGCCUAAAUGCAGAUGUCUUCCUGUUCUCUGUCUUUGGACCUUAGGCUUGUUUUGCAAACAUUACAUACAUACAUAUACUGGCUUUUGAGAGGCUCAGAAGAGAGAGGCGAUUGUCAUUGAUUUCCCCCUUUUUUUGUUGUAACUACUAUGUUCUCCUUAAGACUCAUUUGUUGCAUCUUAGUCUCCUUAGGGUAAGGAGGUCAUUAUGUUCUCUGCAGUUUGUGGACUGCUCUUUUUGUUUUAUUUAUGCUUUAUGGAACAUACAUCUUAUCACUUGAGUUUUUGACAUUUAUUUUUCAUCCCCUUACAUGUUCAUGUAUCUCAUAUCUUAAGGUAUGCUUUUGCUGUUUUCUACAGUUUUAUUCAUGCACUGUAGCAGUGUAGACUUUUAAUUUUAGUAUGAUUCUUUUAUUGGUCAAUGUAGUUUUAUUCAUGAAGUUGGUACUGAAGUAAGAUUUGUAUGAUGGAUGGUGUUUAUGUAAGGUGGAUGCAUCUGCUGGGAUUUUUCAGUUUUCUGUCACUGGAGCUAAAUCUGGUCUUGAUGAAGAUUGUUAUAAAAUAUCUGAUAUUGUUUCAUGUAUGAUUGGCCCAUUUUUUAAUUUCCAUACAUCAAUUUUAGUGUUGGGAGAAACUACUGGUAUAUUGUAUGGUAAUUUUUGAAGUUUUUGCAAAUAUAAUGAAUUGUGAUAAGGUCUGGGUCAAUAAAAAAAUUUUAAUAUUGAGGCGAGUUAUGUUCAAACCAGUUGGUGCUUCAUAAGAUUUUUUUUUAUUAUUAUUAUUUGCUGGUUAUUGGCAGUCGAGUUGGAACAAGAAUUGAAGGCAUUGGAAAUACAAGAAAGGAAAACAUUGAAAUUACUAUGCCCCACACAUUAUUUAUUAUUUAAGACUGGCAAUAAUCAGUAGCUUCAGAUGUUUUUGAGAAUUUUGUGUCUGGUCAAGUAUGUUUUAUAGGAACUUUGUAAGGUUAGAUUUUGCUCUCUCUCUCUCUCUCUCUCUCUCUCUCUCUCUCUUCUUCUCUCUCUCUCUCUCUCUCUCUCUC